AUGCAGAAUGUGACCGACUUCCUUCGCGACAACCUUCCUUCAGGUCCAUCGAUGAUCCCCACGACCUCGGCGAGAUCCGGUCCUAUGCCGUGUCCGAAUGGACCCGCUGAAGCGGUGACCUCUCCAAGGCCAAGGGUGACCUCGACGUGGCCAUCGGCGAUCCAGGGCAAUGAUCAAAGCUGGGUGCCUUCCCUGUGGCGAUGCGCUCAGUGUGAUCAUGACAAUGCUGUGUUCAAUGCGGAUGGCUCUUGGGAAUGCAUGGUGUGCUCUGGCAACGACUUCUAUCAGACCAACAGACCUCAUAGGAGGCAGACAAGCCAGGGAACAUGGCUUUUCCUUCCAUCCGCAGACGCAGAAGGCGAAAGCUCUUCGGUAUCUUCUUCGACCUCCUCUGGGUUAAGCAGGCGACAACGAAGGGCACGACGACAAGGGCGUGCAGCAGGCGGUGGUCCACCUUCCUUUGACGAGGGCACUUCUGGCAAGGAACAGGCAGAGUCCGAAGCCUUCACAGACGACCCCGUCGUCAACCCGGACCUUGGCAACCUGCGGCCCACCAAGACUUCUCCUACGUUGACUUCGGCGGCCGGGCGCGGCGCUCCUCGGCGACUUCUGCCUGAUCCUCCUCAAGGACAACAGCGAGCUCUACGAGAUCCGGCGCUGUCAGGUCAACAAGACGGAGUACAAGAUCAUCCUCCUCUACUUGGCUCGGCGGUCAAGAAAGAUUCCUCCGCCACUGGUUCCUCCUCGGCUUGGGUCUCACGGAUGGGACCCGAAAAGGGGAUCAAAUGGCGAGGAGGGACACCCCCAGCUCCUCCGGUCUGGAAGUACGACAAGGAGGAUAUGCGUGCCUUUGCCAAGUGGAAGAGAAAGAUUGCCAUCUGGGAACUUCAGAUAGCACCGUUCAUGCAGAAGAAGGAGGCAGCGUUGCUUCUGUACAACUCCCUUACUGGAGAGCUGGAAAGUGAGUUGGAACACGUUCCUCUUGAUUCUGUUUAUGCUGCUGACGGUGUGGACUUCAUCGUACGCUCCUUGGAGGCCCCCAUGGCGCAGAAGGCGGUGUACCAGAAAAGACGAUUCUUAGCGGACUACGAGGCCUUGGCUCGAUAUCCUGCUGAAUCUCUGAGGGCCUUCUCGAAUCGCUAUCGCAGGGUGGAAAGGAACCUGGAGGCGGAUCAAAGGCUGAUACUGGUCGGCUCCCGCUACAGCUUGGCAUUCGACGACAUCAUGGAUAGCAUGGUCAUGCAGUUCUUCUUCCUCGACUUCGGCCUCUACUACAUCGAUCGUGGGCGGCAAGAAUGGCCACCCCUCUUCUGGAAAGGCGGCGGCAAGAAAGUCUGGUACACCGACAACGUGGACCAGACCGAGGGCCACCUUGACAACAUCCCAGAAGAGAAUGACGACCAGGAGGGCGAAGACGGCGACCCGGACGAGAAGGGAGACCCUGCCGACGACAAUGAGGGCGACGACAGGAUGAACAAGACGCUACAGUCUGUCAAGCUUGGACGAAAAUUUUCUAGUGGCGCCGGCAGCUCGACCAAGAAAUCUCCUCAGGAGCUUAAGGCAAGUACCCAUUGCUUGGCUUGCGGGGAGAAAGGGCACUGGAAAGGUGACCCCCAGUGUCCAGUUAGCGGCGGGCAGUCACAGGGCGCUGGCUCGAAGGCGGACGGCAAGGGCAGGGGCAAGAACCGAGGCAAGGACCAUCAAACCCUCCUUGCAGAAGCUUCUCCGCCGAAUGAGGCCUUCUUCGUGAACACAUCCGGCCUUGACCUCGCAGACUCCCACGACAACUACGGCAACCUCUUCACCGUGAACAUGGCUGUCUUCCAGGUCGAUGAGGUCAAGGAUAGCACUCCGUUGGCAGGCUACAUGAUCCUCGACACGGCGUGUCAGAGAAUGUGCUGCGGCCCAGACUGGUUCAAGUCACAUGUACAGAUUUUGGAUGGUUUUGGCCUGCGCGUGCACAAGCACAAGAAGGGCAUGGAGGACUUGUUCCAGUUCGGAAAAGGCGACCCAUCACCCGCUUUGUUCAGGGCAUACAUUCCAUGUAUCGUUGCUGGACGCAAGUUCUUGUUGGGUGCCGGCAUGGUUGAGGCAAACAUCCCCUUACUAGGAUCAAACGUCAUGCUGGAUUCCUUGGGUUUAGUUCUUGACCUUCCUGCACGGCAAGCACACUUUACUAGGCUUGGAGUGACCGCUCCUAUCAAGACAGUUCGUGGGCACCUGGCAGUUGAUAUCGCAAGCUUUGAUGCAGCAGCCAAGCAUGACAAGACCUGGAAAUCCUUGCAGGACAUGACUGAUUGGGACAAUCCUCCUCCCGAAGCAAUCUUUCAGCCCCAAGCUUUCGACAUCCCGCCUCGGGUCCGUUCCUUUGAUGAUCCGCGCAUACUUCGCAACCUGAUGGCCAACCUCCUCGUGGCGGUGAACGUUCGCUUGGUCGAUGCUCAAGCGAGCUCAGGUGGAGCCAGACGAGUGCGCCCACAACGACAUGCAUCGGUACGGCAACCCACACGGAAGCUUCAGCAAGUGCCGGCUGUGCGGCCUCAAGUGGAAGUGGGGAUGCCAUCCGGAAAGCGGCCUAUAGGUGGAGCACGCAGAGCAGCGCUCCUCUCGGUCAUGUGUGCCGCCUCCAUCCUCGGACAAUAUGGUCCGGACGUUACCUCCAGGAGCUCAGCCGAAGCACAAAGCGACCUCAUCAACGACGGCAACGGCUACAGGAGCCUACUCGACACCAUCUUCGGCGACUCCGGCUCCACGACGGACAUCAACACGGCCGACGCCUUCUUCGGGGACACGAUCCACGGGAACGACGCCGAGCCGAACGACGUCAACGAGGCCGAGCCAGCACACGGAGUACGACAUGACGCAGGACGACGACCUGGAGAGCACGUACGACUGGGAGUUCGCAGGCGAGUAGUUGGCAACAUCGACCAAGCAGUGAGGGCAUACGAGAGUGAGUCCAAGGUGUACACCAACUUGGCAACGGCUUCCUCGAGGCCACCACCUAUGGCGGACCUUCUUGAACUAUAUGCGGGCCAGGCGAAGCCAACCAAGUUUGCCGCCGAGUUCGGGCUUCGUGCACUUCAACCAGUUGACCUCAUCUAUGGCGUGAACUUGGAUGAUCCUCGGGACCAAUCCAGGGUACUCAAGGCAGUUCGCACGUUCAAGCCGUGGUUGUUGGUCGUUGGAUUCCCUUGUACCAAAUACUCCCUCAUCAACCAGAACUGUAACUAUGCCCAUCGCCUGCGCGAGCUAGAGGUUAUGAGAGAAGAGGAUGCUCCUAUGAGGAAAUUCAUUUGUGACCUGCUACUUGAACAGCACGCUUCUGGCAGGUUCUUCAUCCUCGAGAACCCCCUCACGAGCCGUCUAUGGCAACAGGCUGAGGUAGUUGAAGUUAUCAACACUCCAGGAGUUUGCAGCAGUACAUGUCACAGCGGCGCAUACGCAGCAGAGACGGCGGACGGCCGUCCCAUCAAGAAGUCCCUCAGGUUCCUUGGCAAUGAGCCCGAGAUGAUGGUUCAACUUGGUCGUACACUGUCAAGCCGUGACCUUCUUUACUGCAAGCCACUGCAAGGUGCGGACACCACGGCUUCCCAGGUUUACCCGGACGCGCUUGCGUACGAGAUCGUGAAGUCCUUGCAUCAGGUCCUACGACAACGAGAUCCACAACGCUUCGGCUACUUCGAGACGUAUGUCGUCGCGCGCCCCGUGUCCUCUCCGGAAGAAUGGAAGCCCGUCUUUGACCAGGUCAAGCGAAGCUUUGGCGAAACCUCCUCCAAGCGCCCGUUCAACAUCGAGCCGGAUGGUCAGCUCGGACGUUCCAUCGCAGACCUGUUACGAAUGAACCCGGUAAAGAUUCAGGCAACGCAUCUACCAGUUCAACGUCGGCUUCCCAUGGACGUGGCAUUCAGCGCUUGCGGCGCCGCGCUCCUCCACAACGACAAUUCGAUCGUCGUCGAGACCGAGGCCUUGGACAACAUACAGUUCCCCAAGCAGCGCUUCGACAAACCUGUGGUCAUCGGCAUCUUUGUGUACGGCGACCUUCGCAACGAGCCUCAGCCUGAAAGGGAACAACUAGGUGAACUUCCUCCAAGCUCCUUUCCUACCGAUAUCAAGUUCGAUGGGCUUGGUCCUCACGUUACGCUCGACGUCAAGCGCACUGUGGCUCGACGACGCCUGAACCUUGGACAUCCAUCACCGCAAGAACUGAUCCGUCUUAUGUGCUAUCAUGGCUCGCCAUCCCAGCGCAUGAUCGAUGCGGUCCGGAAGCUGCGGUGUUCUACGUGCGAGCGACUCAAGAUGCCUCAACAGCCACGUCCCUCUGCACUACCUUCACUACAACCUCGACAGUUCUGUGACGAGAUCCAGAGCGACGUGGUCUUUGUGCGCACGACAUCGGGCAUGGCAAUCCCCAUCCUGGGUAUGGUGGAUGUCGCCACGAACUUGCAUCAAGCAGGAUGCCUACCUGAAAAGUCCUCCGAAUCCGCGUUCAAGUUGUUCGAAAAGCUUUGGCUCCGUCCUUAUGGGCUUCCUGUCAAGAUCAGGUGCGAUCCAGAUCCUCUCUUUCAAGGACAUUGCAAAGAUGGUCUCGAAGCACUUGGCAUUGAAGUCGAGUUCUGCCCAGCCGAAGCUCACUGGACGAUUGCAACGAUUGAACGACGCAACGCCGUGCUCAGGACCGUGCUGGAGAAGAUGAUUGACACGAACGCGGCCACGGACGUCGACUCCGUCGAGGGCUUGUUGUCUCCAACAUUGCAUGCUUUGAAUUCCAUUUCGAUGACGAAAGGUCGUUCAGCCUACCAGGCUGUGUUUGGCCGAGUGCCCCGAGUUCCAGGUUGUGACAUACUUGCAGACCCGGUGGCAUUGGCUUCUUCUCCAGGCGAUGCUGCGGUUCGGUCCGAACAAAUCCGUGCUGAAGCUCUUCGUCGCAUCGCAGAGUUCGCGGUUGACAGGGGCAUCCGCAGGGCUCUCCUCAGAAAGACGAGGGCCACAGGCAUCGCCGACAUUUCUCCAGGUGAGCCAUGCGCCUUCUGGCGCUGGAGACGCAAGGGUCCCCACAAAAGGGGCGGAUGGGCAAUGGCCAGAUUUCUGGCUUGGGACCCGUCCCACGUUGGGAGUCAGGCAUGGUUGCGAACUGGUACAACGACCGUUCUGGUCACCGCUGAACAGCUCAGAGUGGCUUCUGGCUUUGAGCGAUGGCAGCCAAGUUCCGAGGACAUUGCAGCAUUGAAGGAUGGAUCUCAGAGUUUGAGAGAUUCAAUCUGGGCGGAUGAGACGGGACCUCCUGCUCCUGGUGAAGUCGCAGACUUGGACAACAACCUUCUCGAUCUUGAUGACGAGAUGGCCAUAGCAAGUUUGCCACCGACUCCCGGCGUACCGGAACACGGUCUCCAGCACUACCUCACCAACCUCGCCUACGUCCUCUACCACAAGCUCCACAACCUCCAGUCCCGAGUACGCCUCGAGUCAGCGCAGUAUGAUUCAGCGGCGUUUGACUCGGCACCAAUGGAAACACCCGACUACGUGGAGCCCUUCGAGAGCUACCCGGACGUACAACCAACAGAAGUUUCUCAGGAAGCAGCGCAACCGUCGGGGGACACUCUCGAGUUACCAGGCCAAGCAGAACCACAGAGACAACCAGCAGAAGCUUCGCAGGAAGCAACGCAACCGUCUGGGGACACCUUGCAGGGACUACCUGAACAACCAGCUCUGCCACAAGCACCUCCUCAACGACGAGUCAGACCUGACGAGCUCGACCACGUGGAGGGUGGAAACAAUAGCUUCUACCAGAGCUACCUGAACAGCGGCGUGCGGAAGAGCGACGUCGAGGCCACCGGCAAGGAGGCUGCUGACUACGACACGUCAGACACCGACGCAGAUGAUCCGGUACCGCCAAUCAAAACGGAGCGUUCCCUGACCCGCAAAGAAUUGAAGCAAUUGGAUCGAGAAGUUCCUUGGCGACAACUCUUGCAUCUUCCGAAGGAAAAGCUCCAGGCCUUUGUUGACUCCGCGGUCAAGGAGGCGAGGUCUUUGCUCCACUGGGAAUCAAUCGAACCACUCAGCGCCUCAGAGAUCGCCAAGGUGAUGUCCUCGCCUCAACUUCGGCGUCGCAUCUUAAAAUCUCGGGCGGUCUACAGAGGCACAGCUCGCGGACAAGGGCCUUUGAGGGCGAAGUGCCGUGUGGUCUGCCUAGGCCACCAAGAUCCAGAUCUUCGGUCUUUAACGAGGGAAAGCCCCACUCCUACGAGAAUGGCUGAGCAUGUGGUGUUCGCCAUGAUGGUGGCGGGCUUGAACAAAGAGCUGCUUGGGACAAGCCACACUUGGACCUCUUGGCUGGCUGAUGCUAGCACCGCUUUCCUUCAGGGACAGCAACCGGAAGGCGAACGUCCACUUCCUCUGUACAUGCUACCACCCCGUGACGGCAUCAUAGCACGUACUUCUGAGUGGGCAGCUGGCCUCUACCGGAUUCGAUCCAACGUCUACGGACUUUCCAACGCACCGCGGCUUUGGACCGCAGAAGUCAUCAAGCGCUUGAAGUCUCUAGGAUAUGAGCAGCAUUGUUUUGACCGAAUGCUGUUCAUUAAGAGGGACUCCAACCACGAGGUGGUGAGCUACAUCCUCGUCUACGUGGACGACUUCAUUGGAUCGUUUCGCGACGACUACAACGUCCAAGAGGUCAAAGACGCCUUCACGUGGGGAAGCUUCGAGUUCAUGGAACCCGGCAAGACCUACACGUUCAAGGGCAAGCAGCUGACCUUCACCCCUCUGCCGAAAGGACGGUUCGAGCUGAAGAUCGAGCAGUCCGACUUCAUCGACACUCUUGAAAGCUCCUCGCUUCCACGAGGGCGACUCACCAAGGACAAGAAGCUGUCCGACCGUCAGUCUCGACCUGAGAUAGCUCCAGCCGUCUCGCUCUCGAACAAGGGCAUGGAGACUACUGUCGAUGACUUGUCCUGCCUCUUUGAGACCGUGUCCUUCCUCAAGGAGACCCGGAGCGAAGGCAUUGUCAUGAGAGACGUGGCUUUUGAUGAGAACAGCGUCAUCAUUGGAUUCUCGGACAGUUCCUGGGCAAAUGCCUCAGAUUGCAGAUCCCAGUUUGGAACGCUUACACUUCUCUCAAGCCCUGACGUCCUGCACAAGACCGUGCCAGCCGGCAUCCUAGACUGGAAGUCGGGCCGAUCACAACGUGUCUGCAGACGCACGCUGGCGGCGGAGGCAUCCGCAGCGGAUGAGAGCUGUGACAGAGGAAGCUUCUUGAACAUGUUCAUCUCGGAGAUCGUCUUCAACGUUCCAGCACACCGAGUAGGUCCACGACUCCGACACCUACAUGUGGUUGAUGCAAAAUCUCUGUACGACUGUGCAGUUCAAGAGAACCCCAACUUGGCCGAUAAACGGUCCCUUGUGAAUAUCAGAGCAAUUCAGGAAGUAGUGCCAGCUUCCAAUCUGCAUUGGGUGCCGACUCACCUGCAAUAUGCUGACGGCCUAACGAAGGUCAGCAAGGAGCUCAGUUUCUGCGGUGGUGUCAAGACAGAAGGAGAUGAGCGAGAGGCCGCGGGAAAGCUCGACGCAAGCCGGAUCUCCUUCAAAUGGGUCUUCGGAAUCUUGCUGGUUACGGUCUGGUCGGGCAUUCGCCAUUCCCUGCAGGAAGAUCCUUUGGCCACAGCAGCGCGGGGCUUCCCGGCAGAAACAGGGCCGGGGAGCGUCGUGUGGAGUUUGAUACGAAUCCGCCACGGCCUCAGCCACACGAUACCCGCAGGACAUAUCAUCAUCAUGAUGACGACUGCAGCUACACUUGGCGUUGAUGACGAUGACGAUGACCAUGAUGAUGAUGAUGAUGAUGAUGACGCCGAGGAUGAUGAGGAGGGUGGUCUUGGUGGCAAUGAAGACCAUUCUCACAACAUAGGCAUCUAG